GAGGAAGAAAAGUACGAAGAUGGUGUUAAGUGGAAGUUUUUGGAACAUAAAGGUCCGGUGUUUGCUCCACCUUAUGAUCCCCUAACAUCAGAUGUCAAGUUUUAUUAUGAUGGUAAACACAUUCCUUUAAGCCAACCAACAGAAGAAGUGGCCAGUUUCUUUGCCAAGAUGUUAGACCACGAAUACACCACAAAGGAUGUUUUCCGCAAUAAUUUCUUCAUGGACUGGAGAAAGGAGAUGACUCUUGAAGAGAAGAUGAUUAUAAAUGACCUAGCCAAAUGCGAUUUCACUGAAAUGUUCACAUACUACAAAGGAAAAAUGGAACAGAAGAAAAAUAAGACUAAAGAAGAGAAACUGAUAACCAAGGAAGAGAAUGAAAAGCUCAUCCAAGAGUUUGGUUAUUGUAUCAUGGAUCACCACAAAGAGAGAAUUGGUAACUUCAAGAUAGAGCCUCCAGGUCUUUUUCGUGGACGAGGAGACCACCCAAAGCAAGGAUUGCUGAAGAAAAGGAUUUUACCUGAAGAUGUAAUCAUUAACUGCAGCAUAACUGGUCUAGAUUUCCUACUGGUUUCCUCCAGUAGCAGAGUGCCUUUGGAUGGAUUGGUGACGCAUAUGUGCCGAGUGCUGGAUGAGCACCACCAGAAGCUGACCUCACUAUUCCGCAAGACUUUUGCUGCUCUGUUACUACACCUGCAUGGGUCAGCUCCUGAGACGGGCUUGGUGAAUAAAGUGGAGCAAGAUCGGGAUAACCUUCCUACAGUUCACAUUUCUACGGAAUGCAUGAGUGUCGCAGCCUCCAUAAGCAGGCCCUCUGAAGCUGCUGGUAAAGUGACAGAAGCAGACAAAGAAUCUGACACUGAAGCUCAUCAACAAUUACAAGAUGACAGCCCGAUAACAAAGGCUGACCUUAAGCUCUUGGUUUCCAAGAAAGAUAUUGCAGAUAACUUCGAGAAGCUUUGGGAGAAGAUCGAUUCUAUACAUUCAUCAGUAACAAGCAGCCUCUCUGAAUUCAAGACUGAACUACUUGAGUUGGGUAAUAGAGUCGAGACACUGGAAGAUCAAAAAGACGCCAUGGUGGAACAAGUAGAUGAGAUAUCCCAAGACUUGGCGACACAACAACAAAUUGACGACACAACAAUGAUCACCUACUCUAACCAUGACUUGCGGGAAACCAUCCAGCUAAACAGCCAGUCUAGAGACUCUCAGACACCUUUGCUGAACAAGCAUCUACAGGCUCUGAUGGAAGGACUGACAGCAAAGGUUUUCAGGACGUACAACGCCUCUAUAACUCUACAGCAACAGCUUGAGGAGCUUACUGAUUCAAAGGAGAGUGUCCCAGGAAAGAUCUUGUCUUAUAACCGAGCCAACAGAGCGGUUGCAGUUCUGUGCAACCAUCAGCGGGCACCACCAAAAACCUUUGACCAAUCCAUGGCUAACCUUCGAACCAAGAUUGAUGCCAGAAAUGAAGUGAUUUCUCUGGCAAAGAAGGAGCUGAAGGAAGCUAUUAAGGAGGCCAAGGCAAAUGACAGUGAGAAGCUGAAAAAGGUAGUAGAAAGCAAGCGGAGAGCUUUGCAGAGAGCAGAGGAGCAGCUCCUGAAAUUGGAGGUGCAGGCAACUGACAGAGAAGAAAACAAGCAGAUUGCCUUGGGCACCUCCAAACUAAACUAUCUGGACCCCAGAAUAUCUGUAGCUUGGUGCAAAAAAUGGCAAGUUGGUCUGGAAAAAAUAUACAACAAGACACAAAGGGACAAAUUUGCGUGGGCGAUUGACAUGACAGAAACAGAUUUCAAGUUUUGA